AUGAAAUGUCGUCAAUGUUAUCGAUCAGAAGAUCAUCAAGCUCAUUAUGGCGAUGAACAAAUUGAACGAACGAUGGAUUAUUUACUCAAAAAACUGUUACUGAAAGCGUAUAAUAUUAAUUUGACAGUCGGUCCGCCGCAACUGAAUUACAACAAUAACCGUGGCGAUGGUUGGGCAUGUUAUUGUGAAGCAUGGAUGUCCGGUAAUUAUCGUCGAAAACAAGAUUAG